UACCUAUAUGAGCAGGUGUAAGCGAGUCAAGUUUGCACAGUACUCCGCCGGAGCCAGAUUGCAAGGAGAAGCAAAGCACAGAACUCGUGGGCAUCCAGUGACGCUGAAUGUUGGGAGAUUCAGGGCAGACAAAAGGAAGUCCUUUGCACACAGCACAGAGUUAAACUAUGGAACUCACAGCUGCAGGAGACAGUGCUAGCCAUCCUCUUGGGCCAGUUGCGUCGGACUUUGCCAUGGCCACUGACCUCAAAGGAGACGGCCCAGAGGCGCCAAAGGCCGAGAAUGCCGUGACCAGGCUUGGCAGCCUCCCCUUGAUCGUCUCCACCUACAACAUUUGCUCCUCUAUGUACAACUAUGCCAAGGACACUUAUCCAUGCAUCAAUUCUGCUUGCAGCGUGGUGGAGUUGGUGGCUGCCAUGGCCGCCGGGGGCGUGGCUGGGAGUGUCCAGCCCCUCCUCCCCCAUCUUGAGCCCCAAAUAGCUGCCGUGAAUAAAUACGCUUGCAAAGGGCUCGACAGACUGGAGGAGAAUCUCCUUUGCCUUCAUCAGCCAGCCUAUCAGGUGAUCGAAGACGGUGCCUGUGUAACCAAAUCAGUCAUUUCUUCCACGGUCAGCACAGCCGUGAGUGCUGCCUCCGGGGCCAAGCAACUGGUGUCCCACAGGGUGACCGAAGCUGUAGACCUCACCAAGGACAUCGUCCAGGACAGCGUCAACUUGACCAAAUCGGUGAUGAACUCCACGUUCAACACCGCGGUGAACGCCGCACACGAGGCCAGGGACCUCGUGUCCCAUCGGGUGGCCGACAUCGUGAACUUGAGCAAAGAGACGGCUCAGGAGAGUGUUGACUUGACCAAGUCAGUGGUGUCCUCCACGGUCAACACUGCCCUCCAAGCUGCCCAGGGGACAAAGGAUCUCAUGACCGGUCAAGUAAGAAGCUGUGGAGCUGUCCAGGAAGGUGUUGAGAUGACCAGUUUCUUAAGGCAGGCACUGGCCAGCGGAGUUGACGCCAUGUUGGGCAAGACGGAGGAGAUGGUGGACCACUACCUCCCCAUGACCAACGAAGAGCUGGUCAAGCUGGCCACGGAAACCCAAGGCUUUGGCCUAGCGUCCCUGGAGCAGCAGCAGCAGCAGCAGAGCUACUUUGUUCGCCUGGGGUCCCUCUCCAGCAAAGUCCGCCAUCGCGCUUACCUGCAUUCCCUGGACAGGCUUCACCUCCUUCAGGAGAACACGCAGAACACCCUUUCCCAGCUCCAGUUAGUGAUCAGCCUGGUGGAGCACCUGAAACGAGGAGUUGGGAAACGUGUCCAAGAGGCUCAGGAAAAGCUCAACCAGCUUUUACUCGAGUGGCUCCAGAGCCAGCCGGGAGAAAGACAAGAGGAAGGAGACAUGCCACAGCCAGAGCAGGCUGAGUCGCGCACACUGGCUAUGCUUCGCACCAUCACUCAGGACCUCGGGCCUGCCUAUGCUCGGCUGGUGUCCACCAUCAAAGACCUCCCCACCAGCCUCCGCGAAAGGGUGGACCGAGCCAUUGGCGACCUCCGCCAGCUCCAUGCUUCCUUCGCCUCGGCCACGUCCUUCCACGACUUGUCCUCCGGCGUCCUGGCGCAGAGCCGCGACAAAAUCGCCCAGGCCCGCGAAGCCCUCGACGGCCUGGUGGACCACGUCAUCCAAAACUCCCCCCUGAAUUGGAUCGUGGGGCCUUUCAGGUCCUCACUGGGCGCCAUGGAGGCCAUGACGAUGGAAACAGAAAACCAGGGGACAGCAACAGCAGCCCCGGAUGCGGGCGCAGCACAGCAGGAGAGGGUGACAGCAGGAUCCAAAGUGGCAAAGGCUGUGCCCAAGUCCACAAGGAAGAAACUGGAGGCAGAGGAGAUGCAAGGCUGCAAGGGGAAAGAGGUGACCGAGGCCCCGGCAGUGGAAGGUCCGGCCGCUGGCAUCCCAAAGAAGACAAAGAAAGAAAUGAAGGAGGGAGCCAUGGUAGUGAAGAGGCCCAGCAAAAGCACCUUGAAUCAGACUUCAGAAGCUCCCAAGACGCAACCAUAAAAGUCGGGAGUUAUUCCAACUGGAGCUGGCGGUUCCCCAGACGCUUUCCAACAUUCGCCCCCCAAACCAAACCAAAAGCUUCUCUCAGGCAUUCCUAAAUUGCUUUACUGCACUUUUCCCCAUCGCUCCCAAAAGAGCCUGUGUGUGCUGUGAGGAAAAAGAGCCAGACUUAGGGAUGGCAGAGAAAUUCGACUGAAUUGGCACUGAAAGGCGGAUUUCCCUCCUUUUGUUCUUCCCAAAACAGGGCGCAAACCCAGCCGACCUCAAAAAAACGCACUUUCCCAAACUUUGAGCUGCAGCUUCUCCAGCCGAGAAAUAACGUACCAAAAAAAAAAAGAAAAAGCUUCUGUACGAGUAAAGUGUAUAUAUGAGUGAAAAUGUCGUCCAAAAAUGCAUGGCAUUCGGAGAAAAUGGCUUGUGUGUUAGGGGGAAACGUGCACGUUAGGGGACAUUCGCACUGAAUUUGGGCUGAAUUUUCAUAGGGGCUUUACAAAUAAUAGUAAUCUCAAACUGGUGCGAAUGUUUGGAGGACUGAACUUAAGACUAGAAAAAUGAAAACCAGAGAGGAACGAAGAGAGACGGAUCCCCCAGUUCCUGAUCAGGGAGAAGGCUGCCCUCUGUGCCCCUGCAUGAGUUGAUGCUCUGGAUGCGGAAACCCAAGGGCACUCUCCUCUCAGAGUGGGUCAUUUCACUUUCUAGGUGGAAGGCUUUUAGGGUGAAAAAGUCUCAAUUUUUAAAAAUUUGGGCAGUAGGGGAAGGAAAUGCAUCAGCUAUCAGAAGUUUGGGAAAUAUUUGCUUAAAUUAGAGCAAGCUGCAUCUUGCAUGAGGUAUAUUCUUACCUGGACUGGCUGGCGUCAGAGAAGCCGGCGCUCUCUAGAUGUUGCUGGACUACAGCUCCCAUCACCUCUGAGCACCGGCCAUUCUGGGCACAACGCAUGGGACUUGGUGCCCAGUAAUGGCUGGAGGUUGACAGAUGUUCCCCAACGGUGCUCCAUCCACUGACUCCCUUUCCGCAAAGCACACUGCAAAAACUGGAUGCCCCCACCAGUCAUUGUGGCAAGGGAUUUGAAUACUUGGGGUCUCCUCCAAAUCCAUCCUCCCUUCAAAACAAAGUGCCUAGUCCUCACUGUUGCCGAGUUGAGUCUGGAGAUGACUGUGGAAGACUGAAUGAAGCUGAACUUGAAAAAAAGGCUCCCUGGGAAUAGAGGGCGUUGAGAAGGGAUUUGAAGGGGGCAGAGAGAGGAGGAGUUAUUUAGGGAUUCUGGGGAAAAGUUCAGUGAGUAGCUAAGCUGGAUUGCCAUUACUUCAUGCAGCAAGGACUCAAGAGUUCUGUGUGGUUCUUGUCUCUCUCCUAUCCCUGUGGAAAAUAAAUAAAUAAAUAAAUGUAUAUGCAA